GAUUCUCCGUGGCAGUCGCUGCAACAACAACCCACAAGGCACACGCCUUGUGCCGCCGCGUCCACGUUUGUUCUCUCGCCGAGCACCGCAUCGCAUCUCGUCUCGUCGGCAUCUCGUUGUUUCGCGGUCGUUGAGUUGUUUUUGUUAUUAAACCUGUUGCAUGCUGUGCCGGUUUCAACCCAACUACUGUCGGCUGCUGUUUAAAAACCAAUUAUUUAAACAAAUUCACACAAAAGUUGGCCCCCACGUAAGGGCACAGACACACUACAAUACAGCCGCGUUCGGGAACAGCCAUUGGUCCAAGCCUGAUCUCAGAAAUUUUAACACCAACUUUACACACAGUCGACAGAUUCACAUCAUGGGCUCCAUUAAUUGCAAAGAGUACAAAACAACCGGCAAUGCAACGCCCAAAACAACGGAAUCAGCAGGAGGUACUGUUGGCUCGUAUCAGUCGUGCAGUUCGCCAAAGAGGAACAAGGAAACGAUGGCUAGCCAGGCGAUGGGAGCAGCACCUGUCUUCGAUCCAAAGGAAUACACGGAUCCGGUGUCCGUUUGCCAAGCAACAGACAUCCAGGAGAAUGAAAUGAAGCAGUUGGACUUCGAUGAGGACACUCGCAUUCUGCUGAUCAAGCAGAAUGGUCGCUUGCAAGCGGUGGGUGCCAAGUGCACGCAUUAUGGGGCUCCCCUGCACACCGGGGUCUUGGGCCAGGGACGGGUGCGUUGUCCCUGGCAUGGUGCCUGCUUCAAUCUGGAGACGGGCGAUAUCGAGGACUUCCCGGGCCUCGACUCCUUACCCUGCUACAAUGUGGAGGUCAACGACGAGGGUCAGGUGCUGGUGCGUGCCAAACGCAAGGAUCUGGAGCAGAGCAAGCGCUUGAAGAACAUGGUGAAGCGGAAUCCCCGGGACGAACGUUGCUACAUUGUCGUCGGUGGUGGCCCGUCAGGAGCGGUAUGCGUGGAAACUUUGCGUCAGGAGGGCUACAGCGGCCGCUUGAUCUUCAUAUGCCGCGAGGCCUUCUUACCCUACGAUCGCGUCAAGGUUUCCAAGAACAUGAGCGCCGACAUCGCGUCCAUACAGUUCCGCAACGCCGACUUUUACAAGGAAUACGACAUUGAGGUGUGGCAGGAUGUGGCGGCCACAAAACUGGACACCUCACAAAAGGAGCUGCAGUGCUCCAACGGUUAUGUGGUUAAGUACGAUAAAAUCUACAUAGCCACCGGCUGUUCGGCCUUUAAGCCGCCCAUACCAGGCGCUGAUCUCGCGAAUGUGAAGGUUGUGCGCGAAUUCGCGGAUGCCCAAAGCAUUAUGGAGCUGGUCCAGCCCGAUCUGCGGGUGGUCUGCCUAGGCUCCAGCUUUAUUGCGCUGGAGGCAGCCUCCUUCUUGGUGUCGAAGGUCGCCAGUGUGACCGUCGUCGGACGCGAGAAUGUGCCGCUCAAGGCCGCCUUUGGUGAAGCAAUUGGUGCCCGCGUCUUGCAACUAUUCCAGGAGAACAAUGUGGAGAUGCGCAUGGAGAGCGGCAUUACCGAAAUCAUUGGCGACGAAGACGGCAAGGUGGUGGAAGUGCAGCUGACCGAUGAGACGCGCAUACCCUGCGACCUUCUCAUCAUGGGCACGGGCUCCACCUUCAACACCAAGUUCAUGCAGAAAUCGGGGGUGCGUGUCAAUAGCAACGGCUCGGUAGAUGUGACAGAUUUCCUGGAGACGAAUGUUCCGGACGUCUAUGUCGGCGGAGAUAUCGCCAAUGCGCAUAUUUAUGGCUUAGCCCACGAUCGUGUCACCAUUGGACAUUAUCAGCUGGCCCAGUAUCAUGGUCGCAUUGCGGCUCUCAACAUGACCGGAUCGGUGAAGAAACUAGAGGCUGUACCCUUCUUCUUUACCAUGCUCUUCGGCAAGGGCAUACGAUAUGCCGGCCAUGGAUCAUACAAGGAGGUCAUCAUCGAUGGCAGCCUCGAGGAAUUCAAGUUUGUCGCCUACUUUGUUAAUGCGGCUGAUACGGUCACAGCAGUGGCUUCUUGCGGUCGCGAUCCCGUUGUUGCUCAAUUCUCGGAACUGUUGUCGCAGGGCAAGUGUCUGGGACGCUCCCAAAUCGAAAACGAAUCGGAUCGUCAGGCCUGGACUGCAGAGCUUAAGAAGCCGCUGCCCAAAAUUCGUUGAUCCAUCGUUAGUCGACUUUGCUGGACGAUAUCGUAUCGUUUGGGCAUGAAACUGCAAGAGAUUUGUUUUAUAUAUUUUCUUUAUAAUUACCAACUACUCAUAAAUAUCCCAUAAUGCGUCCCAUAUGUUGUAAUCAGUAUAUGUAGCUCUAAUCUAAUGAUUUGUUAAACUCAAAAUUGCACAAUUGCGUCCUUGUCCGGCAUAUUGUGGUAAUUUUUUUUUUUUGUUUUUUUGGAUUUGUAUGCGCCACAUAUCCGUAUUCGUCGUGUACAUAAAAUAUUUGCAUUUAAUGGCA